CUGAAGGCAGCAGCUGUAGUCCCUCCCCGGGCCAGAGAGAGCACCUCGGCUGCUUAAUGCUCUAGCCUCAAAGGGACGAUGGUGGAGGGCUGGUAAAGAUGGCGGCGCUCUCCGAGGAUGGGAGGUACGGAUUGAAUUGUGGCCAACAGAGCGCUGAUAGAGUCACCGUAUUACAUGUCAAAUUGACCGAGACAGCGCUGAAAGCCAUAGAGAGCCACCAACAUUGUAAGAAUGUACCUUCUCAGCGGCCAACAAUACAAUUCAAGGGACUCCAAGGGCGCAUUAAAAUUCCCAAGAACGAUUCCUCCCCAGACGCCUUCAACAGUUUUGAGUUCUACCUGUCUAACGUGGGCAAAGACAACCCUCAGGGAAGCUUUGAGUGCAUCCAUCAAUAUGUGUCGAGCUCAGGGGCCUCACACCUGGCAUUGUUGGCCUCAGUACAGGACAAGGUCACAGUGUGUGCCACUAAUGACUCCUACCAGGUGACCCGGGAACGCAUGACCCAGGCCGCGGAGGACACUCGUGAACGUGGGACCAAAGUCAUCAAGCCUGGGGGCCAGUACAGAGGAAAGCAAGUCCAUAUCCGUAAGCCAGCGCUAACGGGCCACGACGUGGUCCCUGAGCGUAAGCGCUCCACACCCAUCAACCCAGCCAACACUAUUCGUAAGUGCCUUUCCAAUAACCCUGUGUCCCAGCGGCCCUUCAGGGACCGCCUCAUCCACCUGCUGGCGCUCAGGUCCUACAAGAAGCUGGAAGUGCUCGCCCGUUUGCAGCGGGACGGAAUCAACCAGAAGGACCGAAACUCAUUAGGAACCACCCUGCAACAGGUGGCCAACCUGAACCCCAAAGACAACACAUACUCACUGAAGGACUUUAUUUAUCGCGAUGUCCACCGAGAUUGGCCGGGCUACUCUGAAGAUGAUAAGACCCAGGUGGACCGGAUCAUCGCUCGAAAAUUAGGUCUUCCUAUGGAGACCCUCUCAUCCAGCAGUCCUCCCAAAGACAGCGUCCCCACAUCCCCGCAGAAGCCCCAGCCAGACUUUGACUUCAUCGACCCUCUGGCCCCCAAGAAAGCCCGCAUCUCCCAUCUCAGCAGCCGGGGGCCCGCCGCAGCCUCCUCCUCCUCCUCCGACCGCCGCGAGGACGAGGGCAGCCCCCGCUCCAAGCGCUCGUCCCUCCCCUCCAACGUCGCCUCGGGCCCUCCCACCCAUCUGCCUAUCCCGUCCCACCCCCCCGCCCCAUCUCACCAGCAGCCCAGCCCGGCCUCCCACUCCAACUCCCCCAGCACCCCCGAGGGCUGCGGCACCCAGGACCUGCCCAUGGACCAGAGCUCCUCCUCCUGCAGAGACCCUUCACCCAGCCCUUUCCCCUCUGACAGGACCCUGCAGGACCGCUACCGGACCCCCGUCCCCAGACCAGUCGCCUCCCCCAGCCCUCCUCCUCCUCCCCCUCCUCUUCCUCCUCCUCCUCCUCCCGCCUCUUGCACUUCCCUCACAGUCACCUCCACUGUCAUCAGCAGCCCUCCCUCGUCCAGCACCGCCAACAAGAAGGUGAAGAAGAAAUCCAAGAAGCACAAAGAUAAGGAUCGAGAGAGGGAGAAAGGGAAGCGGACGGACAAAGGUAGCAGGAGUCCGCCCAGCGCCGCAGAGCCGGCCGUAGACUGUCGCAAAGCCAAAAGGAAGCGCAGCACCGAGGAGGAGACAAGAACUCAAGAAGAAGUCAUCGACAAGAACCCUCCCAAAGAUCAAGUCUCUUCAGAUAAAGAGAAGCCAGACCAGCCCGCUGAGUUCUCCUCUACAAUUGAGAUGCCCGACUAUGUUGUGAAGUACAUGCCUAUGGUGUCCAUUGACCAGCGGCAAAGCUACAAGGAUGACUUCAACGCGGAGUACGAUGAGUAUCGCCGUCUGCAUGCCCGCGUGGAGAACAUCACCCGCCGCUUCACCCAGCUGGAUGCCAAGUGCCGGAAGAUGACGCCUGGCACCAAAGAAUACCAGAAGGUGCAAGAAGAAGUCUUGAAAGAGUACAAAAAGAUGAAACAUCACAGCCCCAACUACCACGAGGAGAAACAGCGCUGCGAGUACCUGCACAACAAGCUGGCCCACAUCAAGCGGCUAAUCGCUGACUUUGACCAGCGCCGAGCCCAGGCCUGGUGCUGAGAGCACAGCAACACCUCCACUAUCAGUAUUGAGAGAGGAGCGUGGAACCAGGAGGGGGUGUCCGACCGGCUGUUAUUUAUUAACACCCCUUCAGUUACUGCCUCCACAAUAGCCCCCCCCCCCCCCCCCUCAUCCAUCUCUCUUCCUUUUCCCAUCAUCCUUUUUUUUUCUCCAUUCCUAGCCUCUUUUUUUCCGAUCUUUGAUUCCGCUGGCUUCGUUGUUGCCUGCAAUCUUAAGAAAAAAAUACUUUUGACUUUACCCUCCGUCUUUUGCUUUCUCUUAUGUUUAUUUUCGAAGAGCUCCUGUGGAAUUUCAAACCACUGGCUCAGUGGAAGGGGCUGCCUGCAUGUGUGAAGGGGUUCGGGGGGAAAUCUUCUAACUUUUUUUGAAGGACUUUAUCUUCAGGCAAAAAAAAAAGAACAAAAAAAGUAUUUUUGAGCAUCAGAGAAAAUAUUAACUUGUAUUUAAGUAAAAAAAAAAGAGAGGGAGAUCUAUUUAUUUUGGGACUCAUAGUGCAAAGAAGAGUCCGCAGAUGAUAUAUUGUUUAACUUUUGUUGAAAACAAUGCAAAAAGAAAUACCGCAGGCCUUAUGUGUUUGACUUUGUGAAGCCAUUUUGCACGCAAGAUCCAUUGUGUCAUCUCAUUUGGGAAAGACUUCUCUCCUGCCUCAUUUCCUCUCCAUCAUACAAAACUGUACAGGAUAACCUCGCCCGAGGUCGAGGCUGAGGGGGAAUGGAAAUGAGACGGGCAGGAGGGCUCUGAACUGAUUGAGAAGCAACAACAGUAUGUGUGCAUGGAUUGUAAAUUUAGUUGUAAUGGCCACAUGGGGUGGAGAGGGUGGGGAAACUAAGGAGUACGAUCCCCUGUCGGUAAGGGGAAGUACUCCCUGCACCAUCAGUGUUUAGUGUUCACAUUGCAUUAUGGGUGCCUUAAGGUGUUUACACUCGAAAAACGCCGAGUCUGGCGACCCUUAGGGGGACUACACAAAGGAACUAUAACUGCCUGGAAACAGGUUGUGUGUGUGUCUGUACGCAUGUUGGAGCGGUGAAGGAAGAGAGUUUAGUCUGGAAGGAGUGUUACAAAUUGUAUGAGUGUGUGUGUGUCUGUACGGUUGUGACUGGUGUAAGGAAAAAAAACUAGAAAUGUGGAGAAAAAGUGAUAAACGUGAAAAACAAAAAAAAGCUGCUAUAUAGUGUUUGACCAGCCAGAGCACUCAGGAUCAACCUGUAGAAGAUCCUUAUUUUCCAUACCGGCGCAGAGCCUGGGAAAGGACCGCGCCGAACCUCUUCAGCUUUACCCAGCGGCAAAGAGUUUCUGUUCCUAGAAAGAAGCAACAAAAAAAAAUCCACCAGAGGAUGAAUCUCUAUUAGGAUUUGAUUCUCAGUUUGAGUUCUGCAGCGCAGUGGAAGAUGUUAUAUUUUUCAACAGUGAUAGAUUUAGUUCAAUGGAUGGAUGAAUGGCUUCUAUGAAAAGUCUUUAUUUCAACAAGGGAAAAUGUGUUUACAAACCUGUGUUGGACUGUUUGCCAAAAAAUGAGAUACUUCUCUGGUACUGCAUCCGUGGAGUAAAAUGUAUGAUUGGGGAUUAAUUUAAAGAGACAUUACAUGUGUCUCGUUACAUUUGGGGGUGUAAAGAGGAGUCGUUGUGCCCAGAUAUUACAACUAAAUGUGUUGACUGUCUACUUUUGAAGUGGUUAGCCCCUUCUCGGCAUAUUAAGCUUCUCCAUUUCCUGUAUUGGGAAAAUGUGUAGCCCCAUUUAUUCCCCAAAAAUUGACAUUUAAGUAUAAUUGGCCGGAUCUAUUUGAACUACAUUUUGGGUUGUGGCAUUCUGUCAAAUAGUCAGUCUCUGCAGCAGACUGUCUGUUUUGUUCGGCUGUCCGAAUCAAUUUAAUCUAAAACAGACCUGGCUUAUUUACUUGCUGUCUCUCAAGUUGAUAUGGACAGAAAAUCAGCACUUGUAUCUUGGACGUGUCGCAUUAAAAACAAAGACAACGCAGAUUAAAAUUCUUCAAGAUUUCAGGCUCUACUUGAGAAAUAGCCCUACUUCGGUCGCGGGCUGCAGGGUCAGUGUAUUAUUAUUUUAUUUUAUCCCUUAAUCCCAUGAAUUGGUCAUUCCUCAGAAUAUAGAGCAGAAAAGCUAAUUUAUGAUGUUACCGUCAGGGUGACCUCCAUCAUGUGUGUCCUCUUCCUUUUCCUCCAAACAUUUCUGUCUUUAUCAAAUACAGAUGUUAAAACUGGGUCAGAACAACAUGCAUAAUGUGACUCAUUUUUAUUGGAGGAAAGAGGGAAGAGGUUUGAUCAAGAGUCUUAAUGAAGAAGUAACAAGGUUAAAAACCCCUGGCAGUGUUUAGAUGUGAGAAACCACUGAAAAUCAAGUGACAUCUUUUGUUGCCCAGCCGAAAAUGUACAAGACAUUUCAAUAAAAAUCAAUUUAGUUUUACCUGGAAA